AUGGCCGAAGCAGCACCGGUGGCCAAGCCCAGCGCUGCGGAGGUGCAAGCGGAGCUUGACCUGCGCAAGGCCGCCCCGGACAGCGUUUGCUGGCACUUCAGCAACGAGAAGCGCGCAGCCGGCGCGCCUCUCAUCCGGCUUGGGCUGACCAGCGGCUUGCGCUGGGCCAUGGAAGUCGAGGGCGCGCUGUACAUGGGCACGCUGGAUGGGCCCAUGAAGUUCGUGAUGGAGGCCCCUGGGCAGCUGGGCACCGGGACCCUGCCGGAGACCCUCACCAAGGACUCCGCGCCGGAGGGGGCCAAGCAGAUGCCCGAAGAGCUGAGCUUCCGCUACGAGGAUGGGGGGAUCAAUCUGCAGGGCCAUAGCUUCGCUGGGGGUGACCCUAAGAACCACAACCGGAUCUUCCUGCAGGCUGCGGACCCCCUCACCUUUGCGGCGGCUUACAAGGCACAUAUUUGUUCCUGA